AACAGCAGACAGGUACCUACUCAGAGGUCAAGGCCGUAUCGGACGUCUGUACCACAAGACGAUCUACUACGAGUACACGGACAACACGUACACCACAGAGGUCAUCAAGCCGCCGUACCAAGGCCUGCUGGGUCCCACCAUCCGGGCUGAGGUGGGCGACAUCAUCAACCUCCACUUCUACAACAACGCUUCCAGGAACUUCUCCACGCACGCCCAUGGCUUGUUCUACUUAAAGGGGAGUGAAGGAGCUUUGUACCUGGAUGAGACCAGCGGUCUUCUCAAAGAGGACGACCACGUCAUGCCUGGUCAGCGCAUCCUCCAAAAGUGGGUCGUCACUGAAAACGACGCCCCGACCCCCGAGGACCCCAACUGUAUCCCCUCCGUGUACCACUCCCACAUUUUCUCCAAGAACGACAUCCCUACUGGCUUGUUUGGUGUUAUCGCUGUUUGCAAGAAAGGCGUGCUGGACAGCUCCAACCGUCGAACUGACGUGGACAUCGACAUCCCUCUUGUCGUCAUGAACUGGGACGAGAACCUCAGCAACUACAUCCUGGAGAACAUUGACCUCUACUGCGGCGACCCUGACCUCUGUCGUCGUCUCCUGAAGGUCAACGACCCAGAUUUUAUUGAGAGUAAUUUGAUGAAGUCAAUCAACGGCCGGGGUUUGUUCUGUGUCGGUGACAAGGUCGCAUUUUACGUGGUUGGGUUCGGUAACGAGAAGGACGUCCACUCUAUGUAUUUCCAUGGUCAGAACCUCAAGUUCCAGGGCAAGAGGGGCGACACCAUCCCAGUGUACAGCGCCACCUUUGUAGCCGCUGAGACAACCCCGACCAACCCAGGAAAAUGGUUGCUCGUCGAUUUUGUGGACGACCAUCAAAAAGAGGGCAUCGCUGCCUUUUACAACGUAAGGAACUGCCCUGAGAAUCCAUACCAGAGUUCCCCAAGCUAUGGCGGGGAAACCAGGGAAUAUUUCCUGCAGACUGAGGAACUGGACUGGGACUACGGUCCGACAGGAUAUGACGCCAGGACUGGUCUCGCUCUGUUAGACAAAAGCAGUUCCUCCUUCAUGUUCUUUGUCCGUAACGCCACCCGCUUUGGUGGGGUGUACAAGAAGGCCCAGUUCGUCCAGUACACUGACUCCUACUUCAAGACCAGAGUCACGCGCUCAGCCAAGGAGUCAUACCUGGGCGUCAUGGGGCCAGUCCUCAGGGUGGAGGUCGGGGACAGGCUGGUCGUCACCUUGAAAAAUUACAUCCCCUACCCGGUUUCGUUCCUGCCUCAUGGCAUGAGGUACGAUUUUUCUGAGGAGGCAAAAGACGGCCCAGGUGUACCAGGUGGUAAAGUCGGCUACAACCAGGUCCACACCUACACCUUCGACGUGCCCACCAACCUGCUGGAAGGUUCUAAAGAACCCUGCGUCAGCUUCCUGUACACGUCAUCACAUGACGUCAUCGGUGAUCACAACGCCGGGUUGGUUGGGCCACUGCUGGUGUGCCAGACAGGCUACCUGGCCAGUCCAUACAAGCCGCUGGAGUUCUUUGUUCUCCUGGCCACGUUUGAUGAAAACAAAUCUUUGUUCAAACUUCCUAAACCGGAACCUGGCGACGCCAUCCCUUACCUGAUGUCCAACAUGCGAUCCACUGUCAACGGCUACUCCUACGGCAACAUGCCCGAGAUUAAAGUGUGUGUCGGCGAUGACGUCAUCUGGCACGUCAUGAACCUCGGCUCCUUCCUUGACGUCAACACCAUCGUCUUCGACGGCAACACCUUUGAUGAGGAGGGGACUCAUAGAGACGCUAAAGGUCUAAUCGCCGGGGUUACUGCUUCACUCUACAUGAAGCCAGACAAUCCAGGCAGAUGGAUGCUGUACUCACAAACAACAACCGCACGAGACAACGGCAUGUUCGCCUUCUACACGGCACUCGACUGUGACGGACAAAUCGCCAAAUAUCCGGCUCCGUACGGAAAAGUCCGGGAGUACUACAUCGCCGCUGAGGAAGUGUACUGGGAUUACUCUCCCUUAAUGAGAAGUGUGAUAAAUGGCGCUGACCUUAAUGACCCAAGCACGGAGGGACACAUCUUCGUCUUCCACAACAACUACUUCAUCGGUCACGUGUACAAGAAGGCCGUGUUCAGAGAGUACACGGACAAGACGUUCAAGGUCAAGAAACCUGGCAGGUUCGACAUUCUCGGAACCGCCCUGAAGGCCGAGGUCGGUGACGUCAUCAAGAUCACCUUCUACAACAAGGCCAGCAGACGAUACUCUAUCCACAGCCACGGUGUCAUGACCAGUCAAAAAGACAACGGUGGUGACUACGGCUCCUCCGUGAGUGCCGGCCCAGGUGAGACCGUCACCUACACCUGGAUGAUCCCAGCGAGGUCAGGUCCCGGCCCCAACGACCCCAACUGUAUCCCGUGGGUCUAUUACUCCGGCGUGGACACCGUCAAGGACGCUAACUCGGGUCUGGUCGGAUCCCUGGUUGUGUGCAAAUCUGGCAUCCUGGACCAGUACUCCGUGAGAAAGGACGUCAACACGGAGCUGUACGUCUACAUGUCUAUCAUCAAUGAGAACCUCAGCUGGUACCUGGAUGAGAACGUUCGUCUGUACGCUCCAGGCAGGGUUGGCACCAACUACCUAGCUGAUCCUAAUUUUGUUGAAAGCAACAAGAUGCACGCCAUCAACGGUAAAGUCUUCGGGAACACCAACAACUUGGUGGUGAGCUACGGGGACAAGGUGGCGUUUUACAUGCUGUCACUUGGUGCUGAGCUUGACCUGCACACCAUGCACACCCACGGACACACCUUCGUCCACACCAGUGAGAAACACCGAGAUGACGUGGCCCAAAUCUUCCCCGGCAUGGCCGAGUCUGUCGAGGUCAUCGCGGACAACCCCGGCCAUUGGCUGAUCCACUGUCACGUGAUGGAUCACAUGGCUGCCGGCAUGGAGACCCCGUACACCGUCCUCCCCCCUCCAGGUCAGAAAAACAAGUAUAGUGGAACAUCCUACACAUCCAACUCGCUCUAUGGAUCUGCCUUCAAGUCAGGAUAAUCAGAGUUCAGCAUUCCAC